GAUGGUUGUUCGAUGUGAUUUUCGCGAGAUUAGGCACCGUACGAAUAUUCAUAUGGAAAUAUGAAUCCGCAGGUUUUCGCUCGUUACCGGAAAACAAAUUGAGAAGAUUGUACAGAUUGCCGCACAGUCGUUAAACCCGUGCUCAAGAGCUGUUUUAUAGUCCCUGAAGUCAUCACGCCACGUAGUUCCGUAAAUUGUAAGAUGACUUCCACCAGGAAGUAGCAUCACUACAGAGCACAUCAUCAUUAAAGCAUUUGUAUACCUUGGUCGAAUACUGUUGCAAAGACAUUUUCCGCGGCUCAAAUAUACCGAAGAAAAUGGUUAAACUAACUUUUUACCUUUACCUCUAUGUCGUUGGGUUGUGCCUUGUAGAUUUAACCAACGGAAAACCACUGGCUAGAGUUCAACGGUCGAAACAUCCCAAAGUGACCUCGAUAAAAACACCCAGGGCGAUCAUCACCAGGGAUGAGUUGGUAGCAUUGGCCCAAUAUGCCAUGCGAAUGAUGGCUUCGAGGAUAAACAUCACUCUUCAACCGACGACAAUUUCUAGUGAUUCUCCGGAACGUCCGGACCAUCCCCGUGUCACUUCUGGCAUCGAUAGGCCUACGAUCACAACGGCACCGCCACCAAGUGUUCCGGGGAUUCGUGAGAAUGUGGAGCAAACAUAUCAAGAAUUCAAUGAAUAUGUGAAUCGGAAAUCACAAGAUCCUCGUCAAAGAGCUGAAGGAGCGAAGAACUUCGCUGUGUUGUCGCAAAAUCCUCUGAAAUUCUCGGUUGGCCAUCGUGUCCAAUUGCCAACUGAAAAUCGGCCUAUAAAAAGUGAACUAUUUACCGCAUCUUCAGAAAGUGAUGUAGAUACUUUUUUAAAAGAAUACAAUCUCGAAUUUUUACCACAACUGGCGUAUAUUCCGCGAACAGAGACGAGUACUGGAGUCAUAUCGUCCGUGGAACACCAAAUUAUUCCAAACAAUCAACUGCUGCCAUUAUCGAAAUAUGUUGUACUAGCAGAUGGGAAUAAAAAUUUGGGUUCGUCGAGCAUUCGAGUAAAAAAUCUUACUAUAGAAAACAUUGCCUCAUCGGAACGGGGAAGUGCCGUCAUGUCAGUUCCCUUUGAGGCAAUAAUAACUUUCACUAGACAAAAGCCAGCACCGUCACCCAAGCUGGACGUUGAUGUUAUUCCAACACGAGACCCUCCCGAUGAUUUCCCUCCAUAUUUUGGAACGAUUUUCCCGGUGGAAAGAAAGACCAGUAAUUCUAGAAGUGGCUCGCUGAUUUCCAGACAAGAAAAUAAUCUCAAUCCGGCAGAAGACACUACGAACGAAGUAAACGCUGACAAGAUAGACGGAGACUUCAAGCCCAUGCUAAAACGACAGGCACAAAGGAAGGGUGUUUUAUUGGAAAUGCUUGGUGUCCCUAUGAAAAAUUCAGAAGAAAAUCGAAACGGCGGUGAAAAGAUGACGACACCGUCGCCUCCUGAUAGCAAUACCUCUGGGAUCAUGAAUGUUGUUGAGUCUUCAAGUGCCCAACUAAAGAAGGGCAACACAGUGUCGCCUGAAACCGGUCCGAUGUCGCAGAGACAAGAAAUCGAGGAAGAAGAGGAAGACGAAGGAUCACUUGGGUCUCUUGCUGACCUGCUACCACUCGUUACGCCCAUCCUGGAGGACCUUAGUGACCCCAAUACGGAUACUGAUCUCGUCGAACUUCUUGAAGCCGGUAUACCUUUGAUAGAGAGCUUGUCGCAAGGUGACGAAGAUGGCGAAGGCGGGAUUGACCUGGUCGGGAUUGUGUCACCUGUCAUAGCAAGCUUAAGCGGGCCAUAUCAAAAUGGUAAUGGAACCAUUUUCCAAGCAAUCCUGCCACUGAUCCUUCCGCUGAUCAGUCCGUUCAUCGGUCCCAUUGUGGGGCCCAUAAUUCAGGGAAGCAGCAACCCUGAUCAACAGAGUGGCUCAUCAAUCACACCAUUGAUUCAAGCCAUCGCGGGACCACUCAGCCUGCCGACACAACCCGGAGGCAUUUCCAUAGCGUCGAGCCUGAUUGCUGGAAUCAUUGCUAGCCUGAGCAAGGAUUUGAAAGCUGGCGCGCAAGGCGGAUCUGACAUCAGUGCGGCAAUAAGUACACUGGUUUCAGGAGUAAUCGCUGGUGGAAGUGCUGGGCUCAGUGCAGGACACAUGAAGCAACCGAGACCAACGCGGACGCAUCACGGAUACGGAACCUACGGCCAGGGUCCAGUUCCCGCUAGCAGCGUCGACACCCUGGAUCUGGUAGGCUCCUCGAUCAAAGAUACUCUGGGCUUGUCACUGCAGCUGGUCAAAUCCGUCAUCUCUUCGGUGACAGAGAUCUUGGGUGCCUCAUCAGCGGAACAUCAUCGACCCGUUUACGGGCCUCCGAAAGCUGAUCAUCGUGUAACGUAACUUUGAACUUGGCCAUUCGAAAUUAUCAUGUUAGGUACGUGUUGUGUUGUAGUUAUCACUUUACGAGAGAUUCAUCGCUGCUUUGAAUCCGAAUCACUCAUUUUAGCAGGUAACGCUAGGUUUACUAACACGAUUGGAAAGAUUUAUUACUCACAGCUGAUGCUGGAUAAAACGUUCGUUCUUCACUCGCUCAUUCCUUGUCGCGUAUAAUUUACCGGAAACAUCCGAUUGCUUGUAUCAUUCACCAAAUUCUCAAGCUGCAAUCGGAAGUGAGCAAAUUUUCAAGUUGCACGAAUACCGUGUAACCCUCUUAUCGGAACGAUAUACAACUAAGUGCAGUUAUAGAAUGUGAUCAAAUGUCGAAGUCGAGGUUCAAGUAACAGAUCGUUUGAAAAUCAAACUAACUAAACUCGAUUUAAAAUUUAUUAGUGAUUGAAGUUUUUAUUGAAUAUUGUUAAAUAAAAAGGCUUCUGUAUCGCAUCAAUAAUAAACGAGUCUGUUUCUUAUUUUUGUAAGCUACUACUACAAAACUCACUGUUAUAAUGAUCUUUCGAUCAUAUUGGCAAAAUGAACCCCCUGAUGUUCAGUUUUCUUCACCGUACUUUAUCACAACGUGAAAUUAACUUGACGUCAUCGUGCACAUGUCACGUGAUAGAUAAAUUAACCCUUGCGCUGUACAUCUUCUCUGCAUAACACUGGUGUCAACCUGGGGUCGCUGAAGACCCCAGCUAAAAAAUCAUUCCGUAGAAAUCGAGAUAUCCGGUAUAUUCUUCAGU